AGCGUUCUUGGUCCUUCUUUGAGGGUCCUUGUUUCUUCUUCCGCAAGAAGGAAGACAGAAGAAAUUUGGAUCGAAGGAAAAAGCCGGAAGAGAAGAGAGGAAACGAAAACGUGCGGCGGUGUGCCUCGACCCGCUCUUGGUCGCAAAGGCGAGUCGAUCUUGGGCGGGUCUCGAGUCGCCAAAAAACGCGAAACUUGCGGCGGGGCUUCCAGCUCCUCGGGUGUACAUACACCUCACUCGUGUCAGUUCCUCGCGUCGCCAGGUGUACGUACACCUGACGAAGUGUCUUGUGUCAGGCCGUUUUUUGGCUUCUGUCGCCACAUUGGGUUUUCACAGCUGGUGCGGCUUCGCACGGUCUUGAACCCGCAGGCAGGAACACUUUUGUUCUUUCCUCUCAAGAAACUCUCCUUUCUGCGCGUUCGUUCCUCUUGGGGGUUCUUCACCUUUCUGCCUCGUGCGCCGGCAGUCAGUCUCCUCAAAGCUGCCUCAAGACCCUGCCUCAGGCACGAGUGACCUCGCAGACUCCGCAGAUCGCUUUCCUUUAAGUUGUCCAGCUCCUGACAAGCCCGGGAGCCCGAGAAGUGACAUAAAAGGAACCUAGUUCUCAGAAUUCACGAUGAGGUCUGCUGCCCUUCAUCUGCCGAAGAGGUUCGUGCGCUCCGGCUUUUCGGCUGCCCCUGUUGGGAAGGCACUUGCGGUACCUCGUGCCUGCCUCGUCGCCCCUCCUCUCGGAAAAACUAGGGAAUGGGUCUCGGUUGCGCAAAGCCAAGAGAACAGGUGGCAGCCCGGAACCGGCGCUUUCAGUGCUGUUGUAUGUACACCUGAUAUGCGGAGCAGAGGCUGCGUGCCGGCUCUGUUUUCGCGUUUAUUCGCCACUUCGCCGGAAAAGGAAGCGAAAGCAGGAAAGAAAAAAGACGAUCUGAAGAGUUACGCGCGGCAACUCUGGACCGGGGAUAAUCCAAACAGCGAUGACGACCUCGACUCUGAAUUUUCUUCUGAGGAAUCGGAAAAGACGAAUGCCCCUCGCUCGAGCCUCCGACCUCUCACGCUCCUUGACACAGACACCGCCACACUGCGACAGGCUGUCAGGCGCUUUGCUGAGGAGGAAAUUCGUUCCAAGGUGGAGGCGAUGGAUGAUGAGGGAGCAAUCGAAGCGGAGGUUAUCGAGGGUCUCUUCAAGCAAGGUUACCUGGGGAUGGAAAUCGAGGAGAAGUACGGAGGUAGUGCCAUGUCGUUUUUCAACUCUCUCGUCGUCAUUGAAGAACUUGCGAGAGUCGACCCUUCGGUCGCCGCUCUUGUCGAUAUCCACAACACACUGAUCAAUCGGGCACUGACGCUCUACGGAACCGAGGAGCAGAAAGAGAAAUUCUUGCCCCAACUCGCGUCCAACAUGCUCGGUUCUUUUUGCCUGAGUGAGAGCGAGAGCGGCAGCGACGCCUUCGCUCUGAAAGCCACCGCACGGAGGUCGGAGAACGGCGACGCCUGGGUGCUAAAUGGAGCAAAGCAGUGGAUUUCCACCGCUCGAGAGGCUGGCCUCUUCCUCGUAUUCGCUAGCUACGACCUAGAUCAGGGCUACCGCGGCAUCACUGCCUUUCUAGUGGAGGCAGGAACGGCAGGCCUCGAGGUCGGACCUGCACUGGAGAAACUUGGAAUCAAAGCUUCGUCCACAUGCGAGGUCAUUCUCAACGAUGUCCAGGUUCAUGAUUCUUGCGUACUCGGCGAGGUCGGAGAAGGAUACAAGAUUGCGAUCCGUCUGUUGAACGAAGGGCGCAUCGGCAUUGCGGCGCAGAUGCUAGGUCUUGCAAAGGGAGCCUUUGAAACGGCGAUGCGUUACAUGCACGACCGUCAGCAGUUCGGCAGAAAAAUUGCUGAUUUCCAGGGUGUCCAGUUCGAAUACGCCAAGCUGGCGACGGAAAUCGAAGCGGCUGCGUUGCUCACGGCGAACGCGGCGCUGCUGAGGGAGGCAGGACAGCCUUUCGCGAAAGAAGCUGCAAUGGCGAAAUUUAAGUCCUCUGAAGUCGCGCAGAGAGUCUCGAGUGCAUGCAUCGACUUUGUUGGAGGAAACGGAUUCACGAAGUCCUUCGGCCUUGAGAAACUCUUCCGCGACAGCAAAAUUGGAACGAUUUACGAAGGCACCUCCAACAUGCAGCUUCAGACGAUUGCAAAAGUCCUCCAAAGAGAGUUCUCAGGAUCGCAUUAAAAACGGAAAAAAGCUGAGAAAGCUCAAAAAGCUCUCUGAAUGCCUUAACCAUGUUUUGUCCUGAAAGGAAAACGAUAAAACAAGAAAUCAAGGACUCGGACCGUUAGACAGAAAGCAGAAAGGUGGAGGAUUCACAGGAAAGAAAAACGGAAGAGGGAGACUGCACAAAGAUUGAGGAAGUAAGAUACCUAUAUAUAUAUAUAUAUAUAAAGAUAUAUAUAUAUAUAUAUAUAUAAAGAUAUAUAUACAUACAUUUGUAUUGGUUGUACGUACAUAGCAGGCGCGAAGUGUGGGAGAACGCUGCAUGUAAGCAAAGAAAAUAUAAAAUCGGACGCUUUCGUAGAACCGUCCUGAUGCAGCGCAGCGUAGGCCUGCAACGUUAUCGUAUAAAUUCCGUCCUCUUCCUGUUCAAACUGUUAAUUUCGUGUGUCGAGCUGCCUUCUCUGUGGAGCUUUUCAGACUGAUGGUUUGUUCUCUAGAUUCUCGGAAAUACUCCGAUACGCAUGCAUACAUAGACAUAAAUAGGCACAUAUGUCUA